UCAAGCCACCGACGACAGUUAUUCAGUGUAUUGCGGUAACAGCGGCCGUCGCAGCCUAGUAGAAUUAGUCAUAAUAGUAGGUAUAGUAGUAUGGUAGUAGUCUGGUAGUAAUAUUAUGGUAGAAGAGUAGUAGUAGUAGUAGUACCUCGUAUAGUUGUAGUAGAAGCAGUACUGUUACACUCUACUUUCACUGGCGCAACACCAAAACGGGUAUCGAGACGAUAUAGCUUUCGACCGAUCGUCCGCGACUCGGGCCAGUGUGAUAAACUCGCGCACGGGCACGUCGCAAAUACAUUAAUUUCAGUUGAUGAUAUUCGCGCGGGCGUCGUUUUAAAAUCGUCACCGUCGGAAAAUUCGAAUCGGAACACGUCCGCCGCCGCAUACCUACCGUGGUCCUACGUCCGUAACCGCGGUUACCGAAAGUCGCCGAUUUGAAUUUUAUCACGCAGCGCGAAAACCACCGACCGCAGUAAGUUAAUCUCCACCGCCGGCAGCACGAUGAUGGACACGACCGUUACCACGUUCGUCUGGUUCGCUCUGUGCUGUUGCUGCUUCUCGUCUUUCGCCGUUCCGGUGCCCGACCGACGUCUACGGCAGACCGACCGCGUCGCCGCUGGUCCUGCGACGCCCGACCGCGUCGCCGCCGAGUCCGACCAGCCGUUCGAUCCGACGCUGGACGCCUUGGCAGACGCCAAGUACGAUGAACCCGCCUCCGACGACGACACCAAAAACAGCGGAACCGAAGACAGGGAGAAGCGGCAGUUGUCCUUCGUCCAGGGCAAGCUGUUGAAUUUUCUGAAACCAUUACCGGUGGUCGAUGUGACUAAAGAAGAUGAAAAAUACGGCAACGAUGGUGACAAGUUUAAUAGGAUCGGAAGAGGUCUUAUCGGCGGUGUGGAAACCGUGUCCAAUAUGCUGACCUCGGCGCUUUCGGUAAAUAUGACUCGUAACCUUGCAGUACUAUUAAGACAUUCAAAAUCGUUUUAACAUGUUGGUUUAAUU